AUGUCCACCCAUCAAGGCAAAGUCUACGCCAUCACCGGCGCCGCCUCCGGCAUCGGCCACGCCAUCGCCAUCCACCUCGCCCACCUCGGCGCCCGCCUUGCGAUAACCGACCUCUCCCAAUCGGGUCUCGACGCCCUCGUCACUGAACUAGAGCCCCUCAUCGGCAAGACAAACAUCCUGGCCCGCCCCGCUGACAUCUGCGACCGCUCCGCCGUUGAGUCCUGGCUCGCCGCCACCGUCACCCACUUCGGCCGUCUGGACGGCGCAAUCAACACAGCGGGCGCGCACCCGCGCGAAUCCGGCCAGCAACCCGUCUGGAACGUGACAGACGAGGAUUGGGAUUUCGCCCAGCGGGUCAACGUGCAGGGCACGCUGAAUCUCGUCCGCGCCGCGCUGAAGUACAUGGUAGAUGCGGUCGGUCGGCAGGAGAUCUCCACAGGGUCCGUCGUGGUCUUCGGUAGUAAUGCGUCGGUCACGGGGGCGCCGAACCUGUCGGCAUACACGACGAGUAAGCAUGCGGUGCUGGGGAUCAUGCGCUCCGCCGCGAUGGAUGCGGCGCCGUAUGGGGUGCGGGUAAAUGCGGUUUGUCCGGGUCCGAUUGAUACACCUAUGUUGCGGAAUGCGGUCUCGGAGAGUCUGAUGAAGACGCUGGUCAACGCUAUUCCUAUGAAAAAGGUGGGGACGGCAAAGGAGGUGGUAGGGCUAGUGACUUAUCUGCUGGAUGAGAGCUCGGGGUUCACGACCGGAGGUGUACACAUGGUUGAUGGGGGGAUGACGGCGGCAUGA